AUGGCCCCGGGGCUGCCCCACCGGGCGCUCCCGCUGCUGCUGCUGCUGCUGCCGCCGCCGCCCGCGCGCCCCGCCGGCCGCCCCUACGCGCCCACCUGGGAGUCGCUGGACGCGCGGCCGCUCCCGCGCUGGUUCGACGAGGCCAAGUUGGGCGUCUUCCUCCACUGGGGCGUGUUCUCCGUGCCCGCGUUCGGCAGCGAGUGGUUCUGGUGGUACUGGCAAGGGGAAAAGAAACCGGAGUUUGUGCAAUUUAUGAAGCAAUAUUACCCUCCUGAUUUCAAAUACGAAGAUUUUGGACCACAGUUUACAGCACGCUUUUUUAAUGCCAGCCAGUGGGCGGAUCUUAUUCAGGCUUCCGGCGCAAAGUACAUGGUCCUAACCAGCAAACAUCAUGAAGGCUUCACCUUGUGGGGCUCAAAGUACUCGUGGAACUGGAACGCUGUCGAUGAAGGGCCUGCGAGGGAUAUUGUCAAGGAACUCGCGGUGGCCAUUAGGAGCAGGACUGACCUGCGCUUUGGGCUGUACUACUCCCUCUUCGAAUGGUUCAACCCACUCUUCCUUGCGGACAAAUCCAGUUCAUUCCAUACGCGGCAAUUUCCAGUUUCUAAAACGUUGCCUGAACUCUAUGAGCUAGUGAACACCUACCAGCCCGAGGUGCUGUGGGCGGAUGGCGAUGGAGGGGCCCCAGACUCCUACUGGAACAGCACCGGCUUCUUGGCCUGGCUGUACAAUGAAAGCCCAGUUCGGGACACAGUGGUCACCAAUGACCGUUGGGGAGAUGGGACCAUCUGUAAGCAUGGUGGCUACUAUACCUGUAGCGAUCGCUACAACCCAGAACACAUACUGCAGCAUAAAUGGGAAAACUGUAUGACAAUAGACAAGGUUUCCUGGGGCUAUCGAAGGAAUGCUGGGAUCCUGGACUACAUUACAAUCGAAGAAUUGGUAAAGCUACUUGUUGAAACAGUUUCAUGUGGAGGAAAUCUUUUGAUGAAUAUUGGACCCACCGAAGAUGGCACAAUUUCACCAAUUUUUGAGGAGCGAUUAAGGCAAAUGGGGGCCUGGCUAAAUGUCAAUGGAGAAGCCAUUUAUGGGACCCAUCCUUGGAAAUCCUCGAAUGACACUGUGACUCCGGAUGUAAAACUGCUGGGACACGGACAGUCACUUAACUGGACUUUUUGGGAACAAAGUGGCUUUGUGGUAAACCUGCCACAGCUCAGCAUCGGUCAACUUCCCUGUAAGUGGGGCUGGGCUCUGGCACUGAGCCAUGUGGUCUGAUGGGCAGCAGGCUCCUGGACAAACACACUUGAGUACAAGGAAGAAGAAAAUGUUCAAGAAUUGAUUGUGGUGAUGAUUGUACAACUCUUCUUGAUAGGACUGAAUUACUGAAGUGUAUAGCAUGUGGAUGAAGAGCCAAUAAAACUGUUAAAAAAAAGCAAAAUAAAGCACACAUGCCACAUUG